AUGUCAAUCUUCCUCUCUUUCCUCUGCCUCAUCAUACCCAUUUUCAUAGUUUCCUUUUCUGCCUUGUCAAAAAAGCUUCAAUCCUCAAAAUGGAAACUUCCUCCGAGCCCAUCAAGUUUCCCAAUCAUAGGAAACUUGCACCAUCUUACUAAUUUACCUCAUAGAUGCAUCCACAAGCUCUGCAGCCAAUAUGGACCAGUGAUGAUUCUUCAUCUCGGGUCUGUUCCAGUGGUCGUGGUCUCCUCAAGCGAAGCAGCUGAAGAAGUGCUCAAAACCCAUGACCUAGAAUGUUCCACUCGAUCGAAGAUGGUCGGGACAGAAAAACUCUCGUAUGGUUAUAAAGACAUCACUUUUGGGCCAUACGGUGAGUACUGGAGAGAGAUGAGGAAAGUCGCCGUUAUCGAGCUUUUUAGCCUCAAGAAGGUACAAUCGUUUAGGUAUAUAAGAGAGGAAGAGGUCGGACUGAUGGUGAAGAAAAUAUCCGAAUCAUCAACUUUGACACAGUCUCCUGUGGAUCUAAGCAAAAUGUUCUUCUCUCUUACCGCGAGCAUCGUUUGUAGAGUAGCCUUGGGACAGAACUUCCAUGACUGCGAGUUCAUCGACCAAGAGAAGAUCGAAGAACUGGUUAGUGAAGCAGCUGAUGCUCUAGGAGAUUUUACAUUCACUGACUUGUUCCCUUCGGGUGGGUUUGGAAGAUCCAUAGAUUGGUUGUUUGGUAAAUACUGUAAGCAAAACAGAAACAGAGAGAUAAGCUCAAGACUGAGACUUUAG